CCCCUCCAACCUUUCGUAUUCCCCCUUUCCUUCCUAUGCAAGCAUGGCCGAAGAACAGGCUCCCCCCGUCCGUCGGAUCUGCUGCAUCGGCGCUGGCUAUGUCGGAGGUCCGACGUGCUCCGUCAUUGCCCUCAACUGCCCCGACAUCACCGUCCACAUCGCCGAUAUCAAUGCGGCGCGCAUCGCCGCAUGGAACAGCGAUCCGGACCCCGUCACGGGCGAGCUCGUCAAUUUGCCCGUGUACGAGCCGGGCCUGGCCGAGGUGGUGAAGAAGUGCCGGGGACGGAACCUGUUCUUUACGACGGACAUUGAAAAGGCGAUUGAGGAGGCCGAUCUCGUCUUUGUCAGCGUCAAUACCCCGACAAAGAAGAGCGGCAUGGGCAAGGGCUUUGCGGCCGACCUGCACUACGUCGAGGCAUCGACGCGUCUCAUUGCUUCCGUCUCGUCGUCGUCCAAGAUUAUCGUGGAGAAGUCUACGGUGCCUUGCCGCACGGCUGCAUCCAUGCGCACCAUUCUCGAGGCCAACGCCCGGCCGGGGCUCCACUUCGACAUCCUGUCCAACCCCGAGUUUCUGGCUGAGGGCACAGCCGUGCAGGAUCUGCAGAAUCCAGACCGCGUGCUGAUUGGCAGUCUCAAGACAAAAGAGGGAGAGUUGGCAGCGAGGAGGCUCAAGGAUGUCUAUGCGCACUGGGUCCCGCGGGAAAAGGUCUAUACCACUGGGUUGUGGAGCAGCGAGCUGAGCAAGCUGGCAGCCAAUGCGCUCUUGGCUCAGCGAAUCUCAUCGAUCAAUGCAAUGGCCGCCAUCUGCGAAGCGACGGGUGCCGACGUACAAGAGGUCGCCCACGCCUGCGGCCUCGACAAGCGCAUCGGGCCAAAUUUCCUCAAGGCCAGUGUCGGUUUCGGGGGGAGCUGCUUUCAAAAGGACAUUCUCAACCUUGUCUACCUCUCUGAAUCGCUCAAUCUGCCUCAAGUGGCCGACUACUGGAAGCAGGUCAUCACAAUGAACGAGUACUCAAAGAGCCGGUUCGCACAGAAGGUAGUCUCGACGCUCUUCAACACCAUCACGGCAAAGAAAGUGGCCGUACUCGGCUUUGCCUUUAAGAAGAACACGGGAGACACGAGAGAAAGCGCCGCCAUCUCGCUGUGCAGAUACUUUCGGCAAGAGAAUGCUUUUGUGGCCAUCUACGAUCCAAAGGUGCCCGAGGCGCAGAUCUGGCUCGACUUGACGGAGCCGGGCGUCGUGGACGACACAAAGCAGGUCAAAGAACAAGUCACCAUUCACAAGUCCGUCCAAUCUGCGUGCAAGGAUGCCGAGGCCGUCGUCAUUGCGACCGAGUGGGACGAGUUCAAGACUCUCGACUGGGAGGCCAUCUACGCCUCGAUGAAGAAGCCUGCCUUCGUCUUCGACGGCCGCGCUAUCGUCGAUCCCAAGAAGCUUCGUCAAGUCGGCUUCAAGGUUCACACCGUUGGACAAGGGCCUGAGAUUGUCGACCCCAUCUGGGCGUAGAUCCGCCGGUCCCUCAUCCUCGCUCUCUUGCCUCCGGCGCUUGCUUGAUUGCUCAGACAUAAAAAAUCGGACGAUGACCUUGUAGAAGAUAGAAUAGCCACGCAUGCUAAUAUACACCCCCUUUCAGCUG